AGUGAACCAGUGAGUGAGUGAGUGAGCCAUAACGAACAGACACAGUCACCACAAUCGCACUGCGUUUCCGGCCGCACCGAUAACCGUGCUGGCCAACCGUGUGAGUGGCCAAGGUUCUUGAAGUUGAAACAUUGAGUAACGUUUUGGGUGUAAAAAUCGAAACGCGCCAUUAAGUGUAGAAAAAAUUGAACGACCCUAAAAGUGAUACUCAUUUGAUACGUGUGUCCCAUAAUAACAUUCCCGAGAAGAAUAGCGCGUGAGCAGAGAGUGUCUAGGAUCGUGAAAAUCUGCUCCUGAUCGACGGUCUCGGCGCCCGAUCGAGAUGCGUAGCGUGCGCGGAAGCUUCACCAUCGGCCGGUUGGCGAUCUAUCCGAAGAACUCCAACAUUCGUACUGGUUCUGUGUGCCUAGUUUCGUCCGCUAUCCCCAGCAGUAACCAGUUCCAACGGCAACACCAUCCACAAUGCACGCUAACAACACUGACCACCAGCAGCAGCUCUCCGUCCGGCCAGCAUUCUUCGUGCAGCAACAGAACUUCCGGUAGCCAGCAUAAUAACCACCAGCACAGCAUAAAUGGGUGUUCCUCGGUGCUGCUGUGUUGCCCUUCGGCCGCAGGGCUCACCGACACGCCGGUGUCGUCGAAGCUGGACACCAACCGCUUCUCGCGCCGCUCGUUCCACGUCUCAUCGGUCUGUGAUAAAUCGUCCUCGAAGGAUGGCAGCGGUGCCAGCAACGGCAGUGGUACUUCCGGUGCUUCUGGUGGAAGUGGAACGACACCACCGCCGACCGGCGGGAGCAGUGGCACCGGUGGUGGUGGCUCCGUUUCAUCCGGUGCCGGUGGCGGUAAGGACGGUGGCAAGGAGCCACCGAACAAGAAGAACACCCUAUCGUGCCCGAAGUGUGGCGAUCCGUGUACGCACGUUGAAACGUUCGUCAGUUCGACGCGGUUCGUGAAGUGUGAAAAGUGUCACCACUUUUUCGUCGUCCUUUCGGAGGUGGACUCGAAGAAAACGAUCAAGGACACGGAGACGAAGGGCGCCCGGAAGCCACCGCCGCCGCCGAAGAAGAUCAUGGAGUACCUGGACCGGCACGUGGUGGGACAGGACCUCGCCAAGAAGGUCCUGUCGGUGGCGGUGUACAACCAUUACAAGCGCAUCUAUCACAACAUACCGGCACCGGCCACGGGUUCCGGUGCGGCCGGCGGUGGCGCCGGCUCCCAGCAGCAGCUCGACUCAAUGUCGCGCAGUGGCGAUCUGCUGCACAUCUCCGGCAUCGGCCACACGAUGAUGAGCUCGGCCCCGUCCGAAGUGCCCCGGCCACCGAUGGGUGCCGGUGGUGGCCACGGUGGAGCCGGUGGCGCCGGUGGGGCACACCAUCCCGGGUCGGAGCUGCUCGACAAGAAGACGCACGAACUGAAGCUCGAGAAGAGCAACAUCCUGAUGCUGGGCCCGACCGGUUCGGGGAAAACGUUGUUGGCGCAAACGAUCGCCAAGUGUCUGGACGUGCCGUUUGCCAUCUGUGAUUGUACGACGCUGACGCAGGCCGGCUACGUCGGCGAGGACAUCGAGAGUGUGAUCGCGAAGCUGCUGCAGGACGCAAACUAUAGCGUUGAACGAGCCCAGACCGGGAUCGUGUUUCUGGACGAGGUGGACAAGAUCGGUGCGGUGCCGGGCAUUCACCAGCUGCGCGAUGUCGGCGGUGAGGGUGUCCAGCAGGGUAUGCUGAAGAUGCUCGAGGGUACGAUCGUGAACGUGCCGGAACGCAACUCACCGCGGAAGCUGCGCGGCGAAACGGUGCAGGUCGACACGACCAACAUACUGUUCGUGGCGUCCGGUGCCUACACGGGGCUGGACCGUUUGAUCGCCCGGAGAUUGAACGAAAAGUAUCUCGGUUUCGGAAUGCCGGCGAGUUCGUCGGAAGGACGACGGGCUGCACAAGCGUCCGCCUCGCCCAUGGACAACGAUCAGGUGGAACGGGACGCCAACCUGAAGAAGGUGCAGGCUAAAGAUCUCGUCGAGUUCGGAAUGAUUCCGGAAUUCGUCGGUCGUUUCCCGGUGCUGGUACCGUUCCACAGUCUCGAUGUCGAUAUGUUGGUGCGCAUUUUGACCGAACCGCGGAACGCGCUGGUUCCCCAGUACAAAGCCUUGCUCGGUAUGGACCAGGUCGAGCUGUCGUUCACCGACGAGGCCCUGAAGCAGAUCGCCCAGCUGGCGAUGGAACGGCAAACCGGAGCCCGUGGACUGCGGGCAAUUAUGGAAACGCUGCUGCUCGAGCCCAUGUUCGAGGUGCCCGGCUCGGACGUGAAAGGCGUUAGCAUAACGGAGGAAAGUGUCCGGGGCGGUGAGCCGGUGUACGUGCGGCGCGGAGAAUCGGGCGCAUCGAGCAAGGACUCAUCGUCCGCCUCGGGCGAUGCAUCGGCGCACGGUAGCAGUACCUCUGCAGAAGAGGAAGAAAACACAAAGGUGCGCGUUAAGCAGUAAGCUAGCGAGCGUCUCGAAACACAGGACACGGUCCACGAUCCGAUUGCGCCGGACGUGCCGGAUAGGCGGGCAGUGUAACACAAUUGUACAUAAGAGAGCAGCACUAUUCACAUACGGCCGCGCGUUCCUGUUUUUGCUUCCGCCAAACAUCUUCCCCACGCUGCUCGAUGGACAAACGGUGGACAUGGUGAAUGGUGUUUCGGUUCCCUAAUUGGCGCAUUGGCCGCUCCCGUUACGUGCUCUGCCCUUGCAGUGCGCCCCGAUUUUAUUAGUGUAUAGUGUCCCUCGACCAGAACGUUCCUUUUUGCAAUAUGUCGAUCGGCUUACAUUCUCUCGGCAAAGACGAUGUCGGAAGACACAGGAUUUAUUCGACUUUUUAGUUAGCGUACUCCUCGCGGCUGAACGUGUGUGUUGCCAUAGGUUGAAGACGGGACAUUGGAUCGCUUUCUAGCUUAACGUUGAUGAUCAUGAUGAUGAGGAAACAAUCCCUUUUUGCAAUUUAUUUGAUAGGCACACGGUUUGGUCGCCGAGCGCUCAAUUUUUAAGUAGAUUUUAGCGAAAGGCACAUGGACAGCGGAACUGUGUCCAACAUGCGUCCAACGUGCGAUCGAUCCAGAGCGCGAAACGGGAUCGUUAACGGUGAAAAAGUUAAAACAUAGUUGGCAAAACACGUAAAUUGUGGUAGAGAAAGGGAAACUCGGCGGCGGCACCACGUUGUAGCUGAAACGGAGCCCCGUUAACGGAUGAUUGGUCACAGGUAGAAAAGAGCUAAAGAAAAAUCAUCAAGUAUGGACGCAUAUUCAUCAGUUAGAUCUCGUCUCGUAGAAGCUGGGUUAAUUGUGUUUUUUUGUUUCGGCUAAGAAAGGGAAUAAAAACGGCGAGCGAAGAGAAUAGAAACCGUAAUUGGAAAUAUGAACGAGAUGCCUCUGCCCUAUGGCCGGACGCCAGUGAAUGACGACAUAAGUAGUACACUAUACGAGGGGGGAAAGGGAACAAAAUGGUGGAACAAAUCACUGAGAAGAUGUAUAAAAACGCGCUCACUCACCCUAAAGAGACCGGUUCUUGUGACCGCACGGAAAUGAGGCACCGUAAGUGCGCGCGCGCUCUAUUUUCCGCAUCCGUCAGGCCGGCGCUGAUCGGAGCACGUGAAAGAGAAAGUGUAAUUAGUGUACGUGUACAAGCAAAUUUACAUUUUUUCCUUAGUUUAGUGUUUUUGUUUCCCAAUUUUGUGGUUCAUUAGACUACGGUACUCGUCUCUACGCAUCUGCGCGAGGGAGCGACACCACGAUACGAGAUAUUUAAGUUAAGUUAGUGAAGUGAAGCGAAAUAGUAAUAAAAAGUAUAUAAUGAAUAAAAGCCAUG